UCGACGCAUGCGCAGAUUAGAGUUACGUGGCAAGCAGCUGCACGCUGACUAUCAAACCGGCAAAACAGUGUUGAUUUUUCAGUCAUCAUGGAUCCCGUUGAAAUGUUAUCGUUACUGGUGCUUUGCCUACUUUCUUUUACACAAAUUCAGGGAUAUUUCAUUCACAUAGAUGCCCACGCUGAAGAAUGCUUCUUCGAUAAAGUCACGUCAGGAACGAAGAUGAGCCUUAUGUUCGAAGUGGCAGAAGGUGGCUUCCUGGACAUCGACGUCAAGAUUUAUGGUCCGGAGGGAAAAGUAAUCCACUCGGGAGACCGUGAGUCAAACGGCAAAUACACUUUUGCUGCACACAUGGAUGGUGUCUAUAAAUACUGCUUCAGCAACAAGAUGUCCACCAUGACACCCAAGAUUGUAAUGUUCACUAUGGAUAUUGGAGAGAAACCUAAAGAUCAAGACAAUAUGGAAACAGAUGCUCACCACAACAAGUUGGCGGAGAUGAUUAAUGAGCUGUCCACCGCCCUGACUGGCGUGAAACACGAACAAGAAUACAUGGAAGUCCGAGAGAGAAUCCAUAGAGCUAUCAACGACAACACUAACUCACGUGUGGUGCUAUGGUCAUUCUUCGAGGCCCUGGUGCUGGUUGCGAUGACACUAGGACAAGUCUACUACCUUAAGAGAUUCUUUGAAGUGCGACGCGUGGUGUAAGAGACCGGAGCCUAGGAUGGAUCUCAUUCUCAUUGUAUACAUUCAUCAUCACCAUCAUCACCCCUCACAUCAUUAUUCCAACCCUUAAUCCAACUGAGAUCAUCGUCAUGCACCGCCUGUACACCACCAUCGUCGACAGAUUGGUUAUGACCGGAGACUUCCUUAAUGUUUCAAAGAAAAUAUGGGGUUUUAGUGUAAUGAUUACGUUCCAACAUUUAUAGACACCAGUAUUGUGGGAAAUCAAAUUUGUAUAAGCAUCAUGAACGACUGUGUUAAAUUGGUUUAUUUCCUUUGUUAAAUAUGAAUAGAUGGUGAAAGUUGUAAUUGAAAUGGAUGUUAUUUAUUUUGUUUUGAGCCAAUAAACUCAAGGAAUUUCAUUAUAAUACUGAUUUAGUUUAGUGUACUGUUUGUUGGUGUAUUUAUUUUCUUAAACAUUGUGGUGGAAGUUUUCAAAUGUGUAAAAAUGUAUAAGUGAAGAUGUGCUACGUAAGGGUAUUUUUAUGGUAACAAUCGUAUGUAUGUGUGUCUGGCUGUCGUGAUGUCCAUACAGAGAAAUAGCCAGUGCUUUUACUUUCCUGGUGGUCAUAUCAAAUGUGGCUAAGACUUCCAGAAUGUCCUGUGGCUUUAGACAAACCUUGUACCACGGGGGGAUCCUGGGUUAGAAUUCAUCCCCAGCAACCUAUGCUGUUCAUACGAGGCGACUUCGGAUCAGGUGGUCAGACCUAGUGACUUGGCGGAUGACGUGUCUUCGUACUCCAGUGGUGUGGAUUGUUGCUCCAAUAUUAUUCACUGGAUUGCCUGGUCCUGACUUCAUUAUUUAUGUCCAUCAUAUAGCUUGAAUAUUGCUUAGUGUGGUGUUAAACAACAAAUACACGCACACUCAAACCUUGUACAUAUAACUGUGAGACUUGGAUCCAGGCAGUGUUAGAAAUUAAGGGGUUUGGGGGCCUUUUGAGAUUUGCAGCUGUUGUAUAUGAUUCUUGGGACCCUCCAAACAUUUAACUCUUAACAGUAGCAUCAUUAAAAGGAUGAUGCCUCUAGGGAUUGAUGCUUAGAUUUGAACACUGCAUGCUGGAGUCGGAUUCAUGGCAGAUCCUGUGUCUCAGAAAAAUCGUAAGCACAAACAAAGAAUAUAAAAUUUGGUCUUUUUCCCAUCCUAACCCCCCAAAUUAUCUGAAUAUUUGUGUAAGUCCUCUCUUAACUUACAUUGAUGGCCGUUAAGUGUUUGUAUUUGUGGUUAUAACUUAAUAAUGAUAUUCUGGUAUUCUUUCCACAAUGACUGGUUCAAUAAUUGCUGUAGUGAAGCCUCAUUCGCUCACUAACUCCAAGAUGACUACCUAGAUCUCCAUGUGGAAGUAUGUAUGAACCAGUUACCCUUGCUAUGUUUAGAAAUGAAUGAAAUAGCUUUAGUCAGAUUGCCAUUAGUGGGUAGUUGUAUGGUACCAGUUGUGUAGCUGAGAAAAACUUGAUCGGUCCCUGUCUCUGUCCAUAUCCGGCGGCUGUGGGUUACCUCCCUUGGAUAAUGUCUAGAAGCCACAUUUGAUGUGAUUAUCUGUUUGAAAGGUGAAUUAUAAUAUGGUUAUAAACACAUCCCUGUACAUUACUGCCUUUGUGUGACGUGAGCAUCUUUGUAAUUAGCUGCGGUAGCCGUAUCUAUGUGGUGUUUAUAGGGAGCAACAUAGAGAUACGGUUACCCCAGCUUCUCUGUAACAUACAAGUGUGUACAGCAAGUGUUAUGUACAUGCUUUCCUCCCUUUAGUGCUGCAUAGUUUAACUUCUAGUCUGUUGCUAUUAGCUUCUAUUGUUUUAACAUGAUCUGAAGAAAACUUGUGUAGUUAAUGAAUAAAGCAACAUUUAAAAAGAAGAAGAAAACGUUUAUUAUAUAAUUGUUCAAAAAUAUAUAUUUCAGUGGUGGAUGUUAUUCUAAAAUUUCCUGUAAAUUGAACGCUGAAUGUUCGCACAAACUUUGCUGCGUAAUUUUGAUAAGAUACAAGUACACAGAAGUCAUGUGUCAAUACAAUGUUGACAAGUAAACAGUUUGGUGUCUACAUAUUCCUGGUUCUUCUGUGCCCUGAUCCGUUGUUACUGUACUGAUGUGUCAGGAAAUUAGUUGCCUCUCAUUUGUUGGUUUCUUAUUACUACUAAACUACAACCAAUAAAAGUAUUGACAAAACAAGUUUUUUUAUGAUUAUUGUUCCAUACGUUUUUGAGGAGACUUAUCACAGACAUGGUGGUAGGAUUUCUUUUGUCUUAUGGCUAAUUAAGGAGAAAAGAUUAACAAAUGUAACUUUGAAUCCAGAUUUUGGUAUUUCGAAUUUGACAGGUUGCAUGAGUUUUGAGGAUGAAACAGUCUCACGCAAGUGUCUUUUAAUAUCAAAUUGUGGAGGAGUGUUGAUAUGUUUGAUCUCAAACGAUACGAGGAUGAGAUUCAAGUUAUCAUCUAAAAUCAUUCUUCCACCUUUUUUAGUUUGGGAAUAGUUAUAACCAGUAAUAACUCAAUAACUUGAGUGUGAGACAUACAGCUAACCGGCUUCAGUGGCAGAGAGAUUAGUGAUGUCAUUUGAUUGUGACCAAGGAUGUCACAAUGGUUUGCAAGCAUUGUGAUGCAAUUUCACUGCAGCCAUAUCUCCUAGGAGACAUUGCUGAUAUGAUAGCAUUGUGCAGGCUGGUUCCUUCUGAUCAUCUUUUAUGAUACAGGGAUUUUCCAGACCUCCUCAGAGGCUGGUGUUAAGUGCCAUCUCUGCAGCCAAUGUCUGUAAUAAUCCCGUUCAUAUAGUUUAAUGUAAUGUGAUGCCGAAGUCGGGUUGAUUGUAUGUCACUGACAUGAGGACCAGUAGAGGAAGAGGCUUUGAUGCUUUGUGUUACUUUAUUGAAUGUAAUGGUAAUAUACACUGUUAAACAAUUAAUUUAAUAAAAAGAGGAACUUUUUAAGAAAUCAAAUAUUUGAACAAAAUAACACCUUCCCCAGUUGGGCUGCCAAAGGUUCUUAUUUUGAAAUCCUAGCUAAAUCUCUGUGAUAGUUAUGAGUUGUUGGAAUUGGAGUUAAUGCUUAAUCUGGUCUGUAUUCAACUUACAGAUUUUGUUAAUUGUUCAAGUUGGCACUAUUUCUUCUCAUUUUCAGUACUUAAGUACACAUUAUGUUGAUGAUAGGAUAAACGCAUUGGUACUAUUCAUAUGGCAAGGUUCAAUGUUAAUUAUUAACAGGGUAUGAAACUCCCAAAAAAUUCAGCCAGACCACAGGACUGGCUAGCUGAAAUACUUGACAGCCCUGACCAAAACCUGCCUGCCCACUAUAAUCAUAUGUUUCUCAGGAUAAGCUAACGGGGUUUCUUUUUGGUUACAUUUUAUCAUUCAUCUCUACAUGUGAAUUAAUGAUUAUCAUCUGGAAAUAUUUAGAAUAUUGUCACAUAUGAAAUAUAACCCGACCGUCGGGCAGGGGGAUUUGAAAAUCUUGCAGCCCGAGUUGAAAUCAACUUGUCUCGGACGGUCGGGCAGGCAGGUAUUUCGAACACUGUUAUUAAGUUGGCAGGUUAAAACGAGGCUACCAUCUUGGAUUUUGAAAAUGAUUUGGAAACCUUGUUUAUCGUAGACUUUAAGAGAACAUAUUAUAGACAUUAAUUUAUGUUGAUGUUUCUGAGAUUGGACUCAAGUUGUAUAUUUAUGAAACAAAGCAUGCCUAUCUUUUCUUCAAAAUAAAGUAUCUUUUUUUCCAAAA